CAAAUCGCCGCACUUGCUAUCACAUACUGUCGCCUGAAUAAGGAUCACAUUCUUGUCUAUGCAUUCGCUUAAAGGCCCGAAAGACGCCCUAUAACAACAGCAGUUCAUUCGGAGUCAUGGCCGACCUCACCAAAGAGAUUCGACUUCAACAAAAAACUGUCAACAGAACUCGCAAAAACAAUGCUGAGGGAGCAACGGAAGUUCAAAAACUUGGAACUUUGUUUUACAGAAGAUUCUUGAAAUUAGGAGCGGUCGUGGAUCUCGAAAAGGCCAUCUCUAUCUCCCGGCAGGUGAUCGGUAUGACUUCAGAGAGUCAUACUAAUUGGCAUGAAUACUUAACCAGCCUCUCGUUUCGCCUUGGAGACAGAUAUUCGAUAACAGGAAUGAAUUUUGACCUUGACGAAGCUAUCGAGGUUGGAAGAGAAGCAAUCGAUAUAACCCCAAGCGAUUAUCCGAACAAGAUAAGACGAUUGAGUAACCUCGGAACUCUCCUUCAUGACCGAUUCGAAAGUGUAGGGGAGAUGGCCAGCCUCGAAGAAGCGAUUCGGAUAGGAUUGGAAGUGGUGGAUCUUACUCCACAUGACCACCCAGACCGGGUGGUAUAUUUAGCAAACCUUGGGGCUCUGCUUCGUUGUCGAUACUCAAGAUCCGGACAACUUUCUGACCUUGAAGAAGCUAUUCUUGUUGGACAAGAAGGUGUCAAUACGGCUGAAGAUGAUUACCCUGACAUGGCGGCAUUAUUAAGUAAUGUUGUUACCGCGCUUGGCGAUAAAUACGAGAGGACGGGUCACAUGGCCGACCUUGAGGAAGCGAUCCGAAUGGGACGAGAUGCAAUCGACAAAGCUCCAAAAGAUUCACCAGAUCGUGGGAGAUAUUUGAACACCCUUGCAACCCAGCUUUAUAGGAGAUUUACUAGACUAGGGAUGACGGACGACCUAGAAGCUGCGAUCCAACUAGGACGGGAGGGAAUUCAGGCCCUCGAGCUAACCCCACACAAUCGUCGAGACAAGGCGACUUGUUUGAGCAAUCUUGGUACUCAGCUUGGACAUAAAUACUCGACAACAGAAGAUCUCGCCGUACUCGAAGAAGCUAUCCAAUUUGGGCGGGAGGCAGUAAGCAUCACUCCAGAGACCGACCCGGAUAAGGCAAUUUGGUUAGGCAACCUGGCCAUUCUGCUUGGGAAGAGAAUAGGGAUAAUGGCCGACCUGGAGGAGGCAAUCCAGCUUGGACGAUGCGCGAUUGACAGAAUCUCAGCCAAUUCGCCGGAACGCGCAAGAUGUCUAAGCACUCUUGGAGUUCAUCUUCACCUGAGGUUUUCCAGGGAGGGGGAGUAUCGUGACCUUGAAGAAGCGAUUCGACUUGGGCAGGAGUCAGUUGACUUGACCCCUGACAAUAACGCGGAGAGAGUACAUCGCUUAAGCAACCUUGCCCUCCAUCUUCACGAUAGAUACAUGGCAAUCAGGGAACACGAUGACCCCGAUGCACCAAUACGAUCUGAUGACAUCGAAGAGGCUAUCAGCAUCGCACGACAGACAGUGAAAGCGACUCCAGAGGGCCAUGCUGACAGAGCCAACUACCUGAACAAUCUUUCAAUUUACCUCCGUGCAAACUAUGGGGUGACAAGAUCUAGGCAGACUCUUGACGCAGCUAUCCUCGCUGGACGGGAGGCAGUGAAAGCUUCUCCGGACGACACCUCAUUCCGAGCAAUAUGGCUGAUAAACAUCGCGGCCCUGCUUCGGGACAGAUUCAUGCUUCACAAAACCGAAAGAGUCGACAUAGAAGAGUCGAUUUCCUACUAUCAAUCUGUCUUGCAUCAAUCUACAUCGCCAAUUACCAGCCGGGUGUUGGCGGGUAGAGAAAUCCUCGACUGCUCUGCCAUUAUUUCGGAAUGGCAGCAAGGCUAUGAAGCUGCCACAGUUGCCGUCAAUCUUGUCCCGAAGCUCAUAUCCCGUUCAUCCGAUAAUCCUGACAACCAUUUCCUACUCCGACAUGCAUUUUUCCUCGCUUCCGACACGGCAGCAGUGGCACUCCGUGUACGGAAAGAACCAUUCCAUGCCUUGCAACUCCUCGAACAAGGGCGUGGUGUUCUCGCGACAUCUCUCGAAGAAAUGCGAACAGACGUUCUGGAUCUGCAGAAGAGCCAUCCCGAAUUGGCGAGAAAAUUCGACAGCCUUCGAAGCGAGCUUACACAACCCGUUGUACGCAGUACCAUCUUGAGUGAUGAUACUCUUCAGCAAACAGGGGGACGUCAACUGAAUCGGCAGCACAGCGCAAAUGAAAACAUUGACAGACUGAUCAUGGAAAUUCGGGAACAGCCCGGUUUUGAGGAUUUCCUACUGGCGCCAAACAAGGCGGAAAUGGAAACCGCUGCAAAAGAUGGUCCUAUUAUUGUCGUCAAUGCGAGCAAGCAUGGUUGCGAUGCCAUACUGAUCCAGCCGCAGAGAAUAUGGUUCUUGCCCCUCCCCGGUCUGAAUACCAAGGAUAUCCAUGAAAAGGCUGAUAAAGGCUCUUGGGGAAGUCUCCAAACUCUAUCAUGGCUUUGGGACGUCGCUGCGAAACCAAUCUUGGAUGCUCUGGGCUUCACCCAACCCCCACUGAACCCGUCUGGCGAGAAUUGGCCCCAUGUGUGGUGGAUUCCCACUGGACUUCUCGCCGAAUUUCCGCUUCACGCAGCUGGACACCACGAUGGGAGUUCUUCCGAAACGGUGUUGGAUCGAGUGAUGUCGUCAUAUAGCUCUUCUGUUAAAGCUCUCGUACAUGGCCGUCGACGUCCUGUUGUCGCAUCCACAACUAGUGCGCUCCUUGUUGCCAUGGAACAUACACCAGGUUAUUCUAGGCUUCCCUUCGCAGCCGCUGAGAUCAAGGUGGUCAGCGGGCUAUGCAAAUCGAUGGCACUCAAUCCCAUCAAACCAAGGAGAUACAAACAAGACAUGAUAUCACAGUUGAAGGAAUGCAAGAUCUUCCAUUUUGCGGGGCAUGGCCAUACUGAUACGAUGGACCCGUCUCAGAGCCAUCUGAUCCUAGAAGACUCCGAAGAAUUAACAGUGGGCACUCUGUUGGAUAUAAAUCUUCGCGAGCGCUCACCAUUUCUGGCCUAUCUUUCAGCUUGUGGAACUGGGCAGAUCAAGGAAGAGUCGUAUCUCGAUGAGAGUAUCCAUCUCAUCGGCGGAUACCAAUUAGCGGGCUUUCGCCACGUUAUUGGCACUCUUUGGGAGGUUGACGACAAAUUAUGCGUUGAUAUGGCCAGAAUUACAUAUGAGGCAAUCGGGAGCGGAAGAUUGACAGACAGGUCAGUCUGUUGGGGGUUGCAUAAGGCAACGAGAGAGCUUCGGGGUCGCUGGCUGGAUAAAAAAGGAACUGUCAGGCGUAGGAGCGGACGGAUCAGAAAGAUGCGCAUCACCAUGGGGUCGGCGAAGACGGGCGCUCCUGGUGCGAGCCGUGGUCCUCGGAGGGAUGCGAGGCGUCCAAGAGAUGUUAUCUUAUGUGAUACUGAUGACGCGGAAGAGAUGUCGUCACCUCCUUGGGUCCCAUACAUUCAUUUUGGGGUGUAACAGGAGUCCAGAGAGCGUCUCAAAGGAAUAAUCCUUAGUAGUCAGAGAUUGUAAAUGUUAGAAGGCAGCGAACUGAAGGAUUGAGUGUUGAUGUUGCCUUGGGACCCAAAGUCGAAGGUGAUAUCGAACCUGAGAAUAAUUGAGAAUAAUAG